AUGUGCGACCACGAGGCUCGCGCCGCCCCGCCGACCGCCUCGGGCAGCGGCACGGCGCACCUCGACACCUACACGCCGCCCGCCAGCAGCGCCGCUCCGGCCACAGCCAGCGGCAGCAACACCUUCCCCGGCAACGGCACUGUGCCGUGGGUGACGGUGCUCUCGCACGCCAGCCACGUGCCGUCGCCGCUGUCGCAGGGCGAGCUCGCGCCCAGCUACGCGCACUCGCAGUCGCACGGCAGCGGCAGCCCGCCGGCUGGUGACGCAGCGGCGCAUGCAUCGCCGCAGCACUCGCCCGACGUCUCGGCGCCGCCGCACAGCGCCAGCUUCGCCUCCUGGUCGACGGCCUUCAACGACGAGAGCCAGCGCAGCAACAGCGCCGACGGCGUCGCGCUGCUGAGCGAGACGGCGCUGGCGUCGUCGCAGGGCGCCGCGACGCACUACGGCAGUCACUCGCAGCAGGCGGCCUCGAGGAACGCAAGUCCCGAACGUGCUGCAGCGACGGCCGGCCGUGGCAUGCCCAUGCCCGCCGCGUCGUACAGUCAGGCGCCGCCCACUGCCUCGAUCAGCCCGGCCAUGCUCGUCGGCACGCAGUACGCGCCGCUGCUGCUGCAGAACCAGGAGCUCCAGCAGCAGCAGCACAUGCAGCGUCAGCAGCAGCAGUACCACCUGCAACAGCGCAUGCAGCAGCAGCAGGCGCAGCAGGCACAGCAGCCGCCGCAGGCGCAGCAGAAGCACGCUCAGUACGGCCAGGCGCGCCCGCAGCCUGCGCAGCAGCAGGAGCCCGAGCAGCAGGAGCAGCAGCCGAACGCCUUCCAGCAGCAGAACGCCUCGUUCAACAGCGCAGCGCCCGUCGGUCUCUCGGCGCAGGACGAGGCGCUCUUCAAUCAGCUGCGAGAGUCGCCGCUGCUGGGCCACUACCUGCAGCACACGUUUGGCGACCUGCAUCGCCGCAUCGAGGCCGCUGGCCGGCACAACGACGACGUGCGCCAGCAGCUGCAGACCGAGGAGCGCGCCGUGACGGCGCAGCGCGUCGAGGUCAACUCGCUCGCCGCCGAGCAGCGCCGCUGGGCCGCGGCCGCCGAGGAGUGGUCGCUGCUGCGCACGCACGAGCUCGACGCGUGGGAGCAGCGUCUGGCGCACCGCUCGCUGCUGCUCAUGCAGCGCGAGAACGCCGUCGGCCUGCAGCGCCCCAGCGAGGCCGAGCAGGCGCGCGCCGAGGCGCUGGUGACCAACUCCAGCUUCCUUCAGUCCCACUCCAGCUUCCUGCUGCCCACGUCGUCGAGCAGCGCCGCGGCACCUCCGAUCCGCCGCUCUUCGGCACUGCAGGAGCGCGGCCAGAACGGCUCGAGCCAGCCGUCGGUCAACUCGCCGGCGCAGCAGGAGCAGGAGGUCGUCGAGCCGCCGCUCAAGAAGAAGCGCGCCUCGCCCAAGCCCAAGACGCGCGGCACGUCGGCCACGGCGGCGAAGCGCGGCAGCGGCCGUGCGCCGCGCAUGACCAAGGCGAAGAAGCUCGCGCAGGCCCAGGCCGACGAGGCCGCCGCAGACGCAGCUGCUGCCGCAGCCGUAGCUGCAGCCACCGGCUCGGUCGCCGUACCAGCCGUCGUCGCAGAGAGCUCGGUGGCGGCACGCACCCGCGCCAACGACAGCCCGCUCUUCUCGCCGCGUCCGUCGACGGGCGAGAAGGAGUUUGCCGGCACGGCCUUCGCCGGCGCUGCCCCGCUCGCUCGUAGCGCCGCGACCAGCGCCAGCCCGCCGGCUGCUGCGUCCGCCUCGGCUCCGCGCUGA